CUAAGUGUUUCCCCUAAGUUGAUUGGAAUUCAAUCUCGAGCGAAAAGAAUCGAUUCCUGGUUAAAAGAUGGAUCUACUGAUGUUGGCAUACUUGUACUUUAUGGGAUCAGUGGAGUUGGCAAGACGACCAUUGCGAAAUCUGUUUAUAAUGCAAACUUUAGAAGAUUUGAAGGAAGAAGUUUUGUUGAAAAUAUCCGAGAACUUUCGGAACAACCAAAUGGCUUGGUACAAAUACAAAAACAUCUUCUUUCUGAUAUUUUGAAUGGGAGAAAUGUGGAAAUACACAGCGUUAGCGAGGGAGUAUCUAAGGUUGAAGAUGCCAUCAGAUCGAAGAGGGUUCUUCUUAUCCUUGAUGAUGUGGAUCAUACGAACCAAUUGGAUGCGGUAUUUAGGAUGAAACAUUGUUUUUAUCCGGGAAGUAAGAUCAUCAUAACAACUAGGCGUGCAAAGUUGUUAAAGCCUCAACAAGUUUCUGAGAUGCAUAAUGUUGAACCUUUGAGUUACGAUGAAUCUAUGGAACUCUUCAGUUGGCAUGCUUUUGAACAAGAUCAUCCCGUUGAUGGUUACAUGAAACAUUCAGAAGAGGUGGUAGAUCACUGUGAAGGACUUCCAUUAGCUCUUCGAGUUUUGGGUUCUUCUCUAAUGGGGGAAAGUAUAACUGUAUGGCAAAGCACGUUAGAGAAAUUAAAGGCUAUUCCAGAUGGUCAAAUCAUGAAGAAACUCAGAUCAAGCUACGACUCUUUACAAGACAAGCAUGAUCGAGAUUUAUUUCUCCAUAUUGCUUGUUUCUUUGUUGGAAAGGACAAAGAUUGCGUUGUUAGGAUUUUAGAUGAGUGUCAGUUCUACACUGUUGUUGGAAUUCAAAAUCUCGUCGACAGGUGCUUAGUGACAAUUCAUCAAUGUGAGUGGCACAAAUAUUGCAAGAUUCAGAUGCAUGACUUAGUUCGUGACAUGGGCAGAGAAAUUGUUCGCUCAGAAUCAGAGGAGCCGGAGAAACGUAGUAGAUUAUGGCAUCAUAAAGAUUCUUUCAAAGUAUUGAGAGAAAAAAAUGGUACCCAAACAAUUUGCGGUCUUGUCCUGAAUAUGUUUCCUGCAGACACCUCUUCAAUGAAUUCGGAUGAGAUGGUCUUCGAAACUGAGGCAUUUGCAAGGAUGCACAAACUCAAAUUACUCCAUCUCAGUCAUGUACAGUUGAAUGGAUCGUAUGCAGAAUUUCCGACAGAAUUGAGAUGGUUGUGUUGGCAUGAAUUUUCUUUGAAUUCCAUACCCAUCAAUUUUCCGUUGGAGAAUCUGGUUGUUCUUGAAAUGCGUCAUAGCUGCUUGAGACAAGUUUGGAAGGGAACAAAGUGCCUUCCAUCGUUAAAGAUCCUUGAUCUUAGUCAUUCUCAUGACCUUAGAGAAAGUGUUGCUGACUUCUCACUUUUCCCCAAUUUAGAAAAACUGAUUCUUGUAGAUUGUCGGAAUCUGAUUGAUGUCCAUGAAUCCAUUGAAAGCCUAGAGAAGCUUGUUUACUUGAAUAUGAAGGAUUGCAAAAGUAUUAGGAUGUUGAACAAGAACAUUGUGGACAUGAUGAGGAACAUGGAGUCUCUGAAAGUGCUUGAAGCAGAUGAAAUUCCAGUGAAUCAAGUACUUGCUGCUGGUGGGCAGUUGAUUGAAUCUUGGCCUGCGAGAAGUUCAUAUAUUUUUUGGACCUCUUUACCAUCUUCUUUAGUAUCUUUAAGUCUUAGCGGGCACAAUCUCUCGAAUGAAGAUUUUCCAAUGGAACUUGGUAAUCUAUCUUCCUUGGAAAAAUUAAAUCUACAGUCCACUUCAGUUUGUAGCCUACCAAGUUGCAUCAAAGGGCUAAAGAAGCUUUGUGAACUCAACUUUGGCGGGUGCAAGAGUCUUAAAGAACUUGUGGGGCUACCAAAAGUGAAGCAUGUGUUUGUGACUGAUUGCACAUCAUUGGAAAAGGUAACAUAUGAUUCAUUUUCAUCCUACAAAAAUAGUUUAGUCUUGUUUCGUCACAACCGCAGCCUAGUUGAGGCGGAGUAUACGUUCAGACUAGAACCCAUUGGAAAAGCUGAUACAGAAAUGAUCAACCUGUUGGAAUUGCGCAAUUACUUGGAAUCCACAGCAACCAUUAAGAUGCACGUCCCAUUUUCAUAUGGAAAGAUUUCGCAAGACUAUGAGUCUCGUCCCAUCCAGGGACUGUAUGAAUAUGGUAUAUUCAGCACAUUUCUUCCAGGGAAUCAGGUUCCAGGUCGAUUUGGCCAUAGAAGUAGUGAUGCAGGAACCUCAAUAUCCUUUAGAGUGCCUUCACUGCCUCCAAAUUAUGUAAUUCGAGGCUUGAACAUCUUUGCUGUCUAUGCACUUUCCGAACAUUCUUCUUUUUGUGUAUUCGAUAAUCCAAUAUUUAAGAAAGUAUGGAAUAAGAGCAAGAGUCUAAAGUGGAUUUAUAACCCACAAGUGUAUGGGAUUCCCAGGGAGGGAGAAGACGUGGUAUGGUUAAGCCAUUGGAAGUUGGAAGGUGAGUUAUUAGGUGGCAAUGAAGUUGUUGUUUCAGUGUUUAUGCAACCAGGUGUGUUUCACUUGAACGAGUUUGGCGUCCAGCUUGUGUGUGAAAAACACGAAAAUAAUGGUACGAGUACGCAACACAACACGUGGACGGAUCCUUAUUAUCCACGUGUCAUCGGAGGAGACUUGUCAUCACGUGAGGCGACAAAAGGAACGUAUUGGCUCUGCUGGAGAGCACACUCACCUGAAGCUAUUGCUUGGUUCGAUUACCUCGAUAGGGACUUUGAUGAUCAUGAAUUAGUUACAGUGAUGCAACUUGGAGAAGAGGAAGAGGAAAAGGAAGAAGAAGAAGAGGAAGAGGAAGAGGAAGAAGAAGAGCAACUGCAGGAUGAUCUCAUGCUUCUUCCAGCAGAAACAGGCAGACUUCCCUCAGAUUCAGAAGAUGAAAAUAAUGGCUCAAAGAACGACAUAGAAAUAUCCGAGAGUUCAAAGAAGGGAUCUCAAGGUAAUGACAACGAUGUUCAAUCAGCUGCAAAAGAUGUUGCAGAUGAAGAAUUGAUGCAAUGCUUGGAAAUUUUGAACAACAUGGAGGAACUUGACGAUGAUACUUAUUCAAAAGCUUUGAAGCUUUUCCAUGACGAUGCAACUUGGAGAAAGCUAUUUGUGAGCAUGCCUGAUAAGAGGAAGAAACUUUUCAUCCUCGGGCUUGGUUCACGUAAAGAUUCAGCAGCAACCAGGGCAGGUGGCCGAAACAACUCAUUUGGUGGUAUGAGAGGCUGGAAUGUAUUCAUGUUGGCUUUGGCUGCCUUCUUUCUCUUCGCUCUCUAUCUGCUUGCUCUCAGCUUCCUCAGCUAUGAAAGAAGACGCGUCUAACAAUCAACAACGUCAAAAUGAACUUGUUGUAUUACCGGACUAAUAUCUUAUCCAUACUCAAAUUGGUUUUUAUAAAAUUUGCUGAAUACUGUAUUUAAGAUUAGCAGAUUAAUAUGCCUCAAUUAGGGUUCUACUGCUCUA